CUACAAGUGGCCACGAGACAGAUGUUUGGCAAGCUCACCUCCGCCAUCGGCCUCACCGCCGGCCCCCUCCCGCCAGACCACCACGCCCCCGCCCGAGCCAAAUCCCACGCCGCCCUCGCCCACCAGCUCAGCGCCGCCCACGUCCCCGUCUCCGACACCGACUGCGCUGCUUGCGACCUCCCCUGUCCUUCUUCCCCUUCGUCUUCGUCCUCUUCGGGUGAGGGUGCGGGGGUGGUGGUAGAAGCGUAUGGCGGGAAAGAGUAUGAAGAGUAUGUGGGGGAGAGGUAUGGGGAGAUUGAAGGGCUGCCGAAGGGGUUUGAUACGGACUGGGAGAGUGAUCUCUUUGGGAGUGCGAAGGGCGGGAAGGGGAGGAUAGCGGUGAUAUCUACAGGGAAGAGUGAUUGGGAGAGGGACCAUACAGAUGAAAAGGGAUCUCUGGCACAAUACCUCAGCAAAGUCAUCGACUCUGCCCCUGCUAUCAAAGCCCCCAAGGGUCCCGACCCUUCUCUCCCAUAUAUAACCCCCUCCGCCUUCCCCCCGCCUUCCAAACCCUUCUCCCACCCCAUCGCACCCCCUCCGUCUCUCUACUCCUCCUCCCUCAUCUCCCAGUCCGACGACCCGUCCGACCAAUCUGUCUUGGUCUUUCCAGAUUGGAAAGUCGUGCACGAAGUGGAACAGUCUAAAGCCGGGGCGCAAGAGCUGUUUGAUAAGGUCCUGAACGGCGAGCUGGGCCGCGCGGGGAAGGGCGGGACGGAUGAUGGUGGGGUGGGCAGGAAGCGAAGCUACGUGCUGCCAUACCGCGCUGUCGUCCUCCUCUGCUCGCACAAGAAGAGAGACAAGCGCUGCCACAUAGCAGCCCCCCUCUUGCGCUCUGCCCUGCACACAUGUCUCCAGACGCACGAUAUAGCAGUGGACGAUACGGGGUCGUCCUUGAUCAACCUGGAGGGCCCGCCUUUGGAAGAGGUGGAAGGAGGGGAGGAGGAGAGGGAGCUGGAAGUGGGCAGAAGGAUCGGGGAGAUUGAGGCUGUACAUGGAGGGGAGGGAGGGGAGGUUGGGAUAUUCAAUAUCAAUCAUUUGGGAGGACAUCGUUAUGCCGGGGUCAUGCUCAUCGUCUUCCCCUCAGGUGCAUACAUUUCCUACGGCCGCGUAACACCCCAAGAGAUCCCCCGGGUCGUGGAAGAUACAAUCCUCCAAGGCAAGAUCGUGCCCGGUCUACUACGAAACGCUGUCGGUGUUGAGCGUGACGGCAAAGGUGCGGGCGGGUUCUUGAGCUGGUAAAUGGUACAAGGGUAGAAAUAGAUAUAGCAUGUAUUUGUACAACUAC